UAGGGUGGAGCUCCGGGAAACUUUCAGAUAAAGAGUGGCACGAAAUUAUCCAUAGAGCUUCUUCACACUCGGUUAGGAGACACGAAACAGAGCAACUCUCCAAAAUGUUUCGUUGCGGAAUCGCGUAUCCAAGAUGCAGGUGGAUCCUGCCUCUCCUUCUGCUGUUCGCGAUCAUUUUCGACAUUAUCGCCAUCGCGGCGCAGUCCGGAUGGGUCGAGGACGAGAACGCCAAAACGCACUACGCCAGCAUGUGGAAACAGUGUCGAGGCCGCAACGACCUGUGGGACUGUAAAUCUCUUAUGGAGUUCCCAUGGGCUCAGGCGGUCGCUGCUCUGAUGAUCAUAGGCCUCAUCAUCCUCAUCAUCGCCUUCAUCAUUUCAUUCGUGGCUCUCUGUUGUACCCUCAACAUCCCUAUGCUGCCUUUGAUUGGAGGCCUGCUUAUUUUGGCUGUAAUCGUGCAGAUAAUCGCUCUGAUCAUCUACCCGGUCAAGUUCAACGAGCAGAUCUAUGAAGGUUAUUACGACUACACGUGGGCGUACGGCUUCGGCUGGGGCGCAACCAUCCUGAUGCUGGGAUGCGGCAUCCUCUUCUGCUGCCUUCCUCGCUACGAAGAUGAGCUUUCCGGGCUGGCCAAGACCAAAUACAUCUACACCUCUGCCUGAAAGCCCCAAAUAUCCCACCUCUCAUAAAGGACCAUGUUAAGCCACCCAAGACUAAAGGUCAAUGCUUACAGAUCUCCAGAAGCAUUGUCAUUUUCCCAAAGCAACCGUAGGACCGUACUGACUUUGAUGAGGCUGUGAUGUGCAGCCAAACUGUGGUCAUUUCUCUAAACUUUGGGGUUAAUGCAUUUAUUUUUAUUUUUCAUUUACAAACCGAUUGGGUUUUGAUGCUUUUUUUAAUGUCACUCAGCACAGACUCCACAAAGCAUUCUUCAAACCUUUUGUCUAUACAUUUUAGAGAGUUACACUGUCCAUCACAUAUUACAUGGAAUUACAUUAAUACAGCUCAGAAAAUAAUUGAAAGUAGUUUGCUUUCUUAUUAAUUUACACUGUAACAUGAACACUGCAAUUUAAAGUGUGACUGAGUUUUGCUAUUUGUAUAUUUCCUGAACAUCUCUACAAUAUCAACAUUAAGUAAACAUUUUUACAAUGUAACUGUACUUGUAUAUUAAUGUGUCAUUCCAAUGUCGGCCUGUUCUUGUUUAUCACAAUGGCGUACUUGAUUGCACACUUCCCUAAAGUGCUCUUACUGUCAGCUAAGAUUGUGUUUUGUGUUUUGGCCAAAAUGAACGUGAAUGAAGGCUUUCACAAAGUUAUUUUGGUAAACCUUUACAAUAAGGUUUCAUUUGUUAACAUUAGUUAAUGUAUUAACUAACAUGAACUAACAAUAAGCAACACAUUUGUUACAGUAUUAAACUUGGUUAAUGUUAGUUAAUAAAAAUACAGUCUUUCAUUGUUCAUGUUAGUUUACAGUGUGUUAACUAAUGUUAACAAAUACAACUUUUGAUUUUAAUGUAUAAGUGAAUGUUGAAAUUAACAUUGACUAAGAUUAAUAAAUGCUUUAGAAAUAUUGUUCAUUCUUAGUUUAACUAAUUUUAGUAAAUGAAACCUUACUGUAAAGUGUUUUUGUUUUUACAGCGAAAUAGGUGAGCAAGUGGAUAAAAAUGCAAAAUGAAUGCAGUAAAUGUUUUUCUUUGCUUUGACCUUAGUUUUGCAAUCUUAAUAGAUCUUGAUGCAUUCAUGAAUUGAUAGAUUCAAAUGAGUCAGCUUGGUGCAUAUGUAGAAAAUAAAAUAAAGGAUACUUUGCUUGUAAACUAUGCAACAUUGUAGGUUUUUUUGAAGCGUUUUAUUAGAUUGUAAUUUUUCACUUUGUCAUUUGUGGUUCUUUGUGAUAUGAUUUGUAAACUAAUCUUCAAUAAAAGGGAGUUUUACUAUUAA